AUGGUGCCGCGGUGCCAGGUUGAAGUAUUGUAUUUUGCAAAAAGUGUUGAAAUAGCAGGAGUUCGUUCAGAGACCAUUUCUGUGCCACAAGAAAUAAAAGCAUUGCAGCUGUGGAAGGAGAUAGAAUCUCGGCAUCCUGGAUUGGUUGAUGUUAAAAAUCAAGUGAUAUUUGCUAUUCGUCAAGAAUAUGUUGAGCUUGGAGAUCAGCUCCUCUUGCUUCAACUGGGAGACGAAAUUGCUAUUAUCCCCCCCAUUAGUGGAGGGUAGUGCUUCUGAGCUGUCUAGGAAAGUAUAUGGAUGAAGUUGAAGAGAAAUCUAAAGAUGUAAUAAAAUUCACUGCCGAGAAACUUUCAGUAGACGAAGUCUCACAGUUGGUGAUUUCUCCACUCUGUGGUGCAGUAUCCCUGUUUGUAGGGACUACAAGAAAUAACUUUGAGGGAAAAAAGUCAUUAGCUUAGAUUAUGAAGCCUAUCUACCCAUGAUGGAAAAUAAAGUAAGAAAGAUUUGUAGUGACAUUAGGCAGAAAUGACCAGUCAAACACAUAGCAGUGUUCCAUAGACUUGGCUUGAUUCCAGUGUCAGAAGCAAGCAUAAUCAUUGCUGUGUCCUCAGCCCACAGGGCUGCAUCUCUUGAAGCUGUGAGCUAUGCCAUUGAUACUUUAAAAGCCAAGGUGCCCAUUUGGGAAA